GAGCAGGACUCUCUCCGCGGAGAGAGGGUAGAAUGGGACUCCGGAGAGCAGGUAGCGAGUCCUGCGGAAAAGGCAAUAAAACCCAGCAGUUGAGAAUGAGCGACGGCUGCUGCGCUCCUUGCUCAAUGAAUUUUUCGCAAUGGCAGCCUGCCGCAGGAUCGAAGGAUUCUGCGGGCGAGAGCGAGAGAGGGCGAGCGGGAGAGCGUUAGAAGCAACCCUCAGCCGAGGUUUCGACCAAUGAACGCGGCCUUCCGCUACCUAAGGGUGAUCGCCUGCUCGAUGAAUGGAUUUCGGCCGGGAGGACUAUUAAAACGCCGCCGGUCCUCAGAGCAGACAACACAACCCAUCGUGAUCUCAGCGAGUCCACUUCGGAGUAACCAAGGAUAUAUCGAAUAUAUCACAAACGCCGCAGUCGAAACCACAACCGAAACCCGUACAAAACCAGAGACAUUCGUGCUUAGUGCCAAGUGCCAAGUGAAACCAAAUUUGUGCAAGCCCCAAAGUUUUCAAAAAUCGCCAAGAUUACGCCCCACAUCGGUAUGCAGUCUUCGGAGGGUUCGCCAGAUAUGAUGGAUCAGAAGUACAACAGCGUGCGCCUCUCGCCAGCGGCAUCAAGCCGCAUCUUGUACCACGUGCCCUGCAAGGUCUGCAGAGACCACAGCUCCGGCAAACACUACGGCAUCUACGCCUGCGACGGCUGCGCCGGAUUCUUCAAGCGGAGCAUCCGCCGCUCCCGGCAGUACGUGUGCAAGUCCCAGAAGCAGGGCCUCUGCGUGGUGGACAAGACCCACAGGAACCAGUGCCGCGCCUGCAGGCUGAGGAAGUGCUUCGAGGUGGGCAUGAACAAGGACGCAGUGCAGCACGAGCGGGGCCCCAGGAACUCCACCCUGCGGCGCCACAUGGCCAUGUACAAGGACGCCAUGAUGGGAGCCGGCGAGAUGCCGCAGAUUCCCGCCGAGAUCCUGAUGAACACGGCUGCCCUGACAGGCUUUCCCGGAGUGCCGAUGCCCAUGCCUGGCCUUCCGCAGCGACCCCAUCAUCCUGGCCACCUGGCCGGCUUCCAGCCUCCGCCUUCAGCCGCCGCCGUGCUGGAUCUGUCCGUUCCGAGGGUGCCGCACCACCCGGUGCACCAGGGCCACCACGGCUUCUUCUCGCCCACCGCCGCCUACAUGAACGCCCUGGCCACCCGCGCCCUGCCCCCCACUCCCCCGCUGAUGGCCGCCGAGCACAUCAAGGAGACCGCCGCGGAGCACCUGUUCAAAAACGUGAACUGGAUCAAGAGCGUGCGCGCCUUCACCGAGCUGCCGAUGCCCGACCAGCUGCUGCUGCUGGAGGAGUCCUGGAAGGAGUUCUUCAUCCUGGCCAUGGCCCAGUACCUCAUGCCCAUGAACUUCGCCCAGCUGCUGUUCGUGUACGAGUCGGAGAACGCCAACCGCGAGAUCAUGGGCAUGGUGACCCGCGAGGUGCACGCCUUCCAGGACGUGCUCAACCAGCUGUGCCACCUGAACAUCGACAGCACCGAGUACGAGUGCCUGCGGGCCAUCUCGCUCUUCCGCAAGUCCCCGCCGGCGGCCAGCUCCACGGAGGACCUGGCCAACAGCUCCAUCCUCACGGGCAGCGGCAGCCCCAACUCCUCGGCCUCGGCGGAGUCGAAGGGCCUGCUGGAGUCCGGAAAGGUGGCGGCCAUGCACAACGACGCCCGGAGUGCGCUGCACAACUAUAUCCAGCGGACGCACCCCUCGCAGCCCCUGCGCUUCCAGACGCUCCUGGGCGUGGUGCACCUGAUGCACAAGGUGUCCAGCUUCACCAUCGAGGAGCUCUUCUUCCGCAAGACCAUCGGCGACAUCACCAUCGUGCGGCUCAUCUCGGACAUGUACAGCCAGCGCAAGAUCUGAGCAGCCGUAGGAUAUAGCAUCGCCGCACUCGAAGUGCCUUCCAAGUGCUGGGAACUGUGAUAAUCUCGGAAGAAGCGCCUUGGACAAUACUCAAUCAGUGACCGCUCGCUCAUCUCCAGGAGUCGAGCCCUAAAGAACACGAAUACCUUAUCCGAUCCGAAAGCGAUCCUCGCUAGAGUCUUCUAGACCAUCCAGAUGUGUUUCAACUGCAUUCGCACAAGUUUCAACUUUGCCUGUUACAUUCGUAGCCUAGUUAUAAACGAUUUAGUCAUAAGUGCAUAUCACUAGCUUUAAGAUU